AUGGCAGAUGAUAUACCUGUCAAAGUUUACAUACGUUCUCGGCCCUUUAGCGACAAGGAGAAGCUUGAAAAUGCACGAGAGUGCCUUCAGUUUUUCGUAGAAGCUAACCAGAUAUCGUGCAACGGUAGGAAUUUCACCUUCGAUGGUGUUCUCGACCCAACGACACCGCAGGACACGGUAUACGAUAUCACUGCGUCUUCUCUACUUGAGCAGUUUUUUAAAGGGUUUAAUUGUACGAUCCUGGCGUAUGGGCAGACUGGAAGUGGCAAAACGUAUACGAUGGGUACAGAAGAAACAACGAACAGCAUGAAGAGUGAAAAAAGAGGGAUAAUUCCUCGCUUGGUCGAGGCAAUUUUCCGUCAGAUCACGGAAUCCGGUGCAGAAAUGAAAUACCAGGUAUUUGUUUCUAUGCUGGAAAUCUACGAUGAAAAAGUUCACGACUUGUUGUCACCGUCACGAGAACCCCUUCAAGUUCGAGAACAAGGAGGAGUUGUGUUUGUGCAAGGACUAUCAAAGUCCCGAGUACAGGACUUAGAGCAAACAAUGGCUCAACUUGAGAAAGGUGGCCUGUUACGAAGUAAAGGAGAAACAGCCAUGAACGCUCAGAGCAGUAGAUCACAUGCGAUAUUCACGAUUUCAUUGGAGAAAGUUGAGGCCGGUGAUGAAGAGAGUGGGUUCACAGCAAAAUUACACUUAGUCGACUUAGCUGGAUCAGAGAGGCUGAAAAAGACUCACGCAGAAGGAGCACGCAAGAUGGAAGGAAUUCGGAUAAAUGAAGGUCUUCUUGCACUAGGGAAUGUUAUAUCGGCCUUAUCAGAACCGGGAGGAAACAGGCAUAUACCUUACAGAGACUCGAAAAUUACUCGUCUUUUACAAGAUUCGCUGGGUGGGAACUCAUACACACUCAUGAUCGCCUGUGUUUCUCCGGCUGACUCGAAUGCAGAAGAAACUCUAAGCACUCUUCGGUAUGCAGACCGAGCCAAAAAAAUUAAAAACAAGCCCAUGGUCAACAUUGAUCCCGGCCAGCAGAAGAUUCGAGAACUUAGGGAAAAGGUUGCAGCAUUGGAAAGAGAACUGGCGGCUACACGGAUGGGAAUUGCGCCUUGUCUGACAGAUAAUCUGAGCACUAUUGAAAUUUGCGAAAUGAAAGCUGCUCUGGCUGAAAAAGAAAGGUUACUAAAUGAAGCCCAUGGAAAAACUGCUGAAGUCAUUUGUCAGAAAGUCAAUCUAUUAAGCCAACUCCAACAAACUGAAUUGCAACGCGAACGUUACAAAACUGAAAUCGCGCAAACGCUUGAUAUUAUAAGGAGUAGCGGCGAAUCAGAAGGGUUGGAUAUCGUGCAUCGAAUUCUUGAAGUCAUUACGGAGAACGCAGCUGACGAAGAGGAAAGAGAUCCAUCUAUGGGAAAAGUUCUGCAUGCCGAUGGGGAUGACGAAUUGAUGGAUGAGACGUUCAACAUCAAAUUUGUCGAUCAACAGGCUUUCUUGAACAAAGAGUUGGAAGAAGUUAUGCGACAGAUCAAAGACAAAGAGGAUAUGCUUACGAAGACGGUCGAAAAUCAGAAGAAUGUUGACGAACUCAUGAAGAAACAUCAGCAAGAAAUGAGUGAUCUCCAGCAGCGAAUAGAUGCUUUACUCGCUGAAAAGUCGAGAUUGGAGGCAGACCUAAAGAAGAUAUCUGUCAACAACAGGUUAGCAGAGGAAAGGAGGAGAAAGUUACAAGAGAUGGAGAAACAGUUAGCUCAGUUCCGCAAACAAAUGAAUGAGAUGAAAAAGUUGGAAAAGCAGAGGCAACAAAGUGAGGAGACGCAGAAGCGCAUGCAAGCAGAAAUUGUCGAACUAAAGAAGGCAAAAAUUAGAAUGGUAAAACAGCAGAGGGAGGAGGCUGAGAAGUAUCGUCAGUGGAAAACGAAGCACGAUCGGGAACUACACCAGCUCAAGCAGAAGGAGCGCAAGAGGGACGUCGAGGCCGCUAGAGAAAAGCGAGUUCAUGAUCAACAGAUGUUAGUGUACAGGCAGAAACUUGAGGAUGCUAGCAAAGUGAACAAGCGCCUAAUCGCUCAAAUGGAGAGAGCAGCAGCAUUCUCUCGUGAAAAGCCAGAAAGCGAGAAGUCGCUUAGCCACGCUAAGCAAUUUAUCGAAACAGAGCUUGCCCUCGUCGGGAGCUCAUACGAAGCGGAACUAAUGUGCCAAUCGCUGAAGGAUCAAAGACGUCAUCUUGGAAGGAAAAAAACCUCUCUACAACGACAAAAGGAACGCUAUCUAUGUCCAGAUGAACCGCUAUCUAAACGUCGUUCAACUGAACAAGGCCCUGCUUUGACCACAGAAGAUGAGGAAACAUUGAACAAAAUUGAUGAGGAACUCAAUAACAUAGAACAGCAACAAAUCCUUUGCAGCGACGAACUUAAUAAGCUGCAGCGAGGGUGUGGUACUAUCGACGUUGACAGCAGAAGUGAAACACGCUGGAAGGAACUUUAUACUGUUGCCGCUGCUCGAAUUUACCUAAAAGUCUUGUUCGAACAGGCUGCAAAUGAACGUAGGGCAGUCAUCGAUAUGGAGAAAGAACAGAAACAAAUGAAGCGCAAGAUCAAAGAAUUAGAGAAUGACAUCCGCGAUGUGAAGAGAAGUUAUGAGGGUCAGAUCAACGAAAUCCACGAGAAAAAUCGAAGUCUUGCAUUCGAGUUUGACAAACAGAAGUCUGAUGCAGAGAUGCAUUAUCUCAACUUAAUGGCUCGACUGAAUGCAUGCAAGAUGGUUGAUACCGAUGUAUUGAACGAAUUCAAACGUAUCUCUGAAGAUAUGCAACAUGCAAUUCAACUAAGCCAUCAGAUGAAAAAUACGAAGACAUUCAAACGGCGCUCCUCUAGAGCAAAACCACUUAUGCGCUCCCAGUCUUCAUCCUCUGUUGAUCCAGCACUAAUAACGACUGAAGAAGAACGUCGAACACGUUCUUCUCGUGCGCGUAUCCAUCGUUAUGGUGAUGUGAGGAAUCCAAUCCAACUGGUUGAGCCUGCUUCGGAUGAAGAUGAGAGUGUUGUGGACACUUCAUACCAUCCUGAUGAGCGCCACCAUCACGAGAGGAGGAAGAAACCCCUAACUAUUGUCACUGAUUUAUCUCCCAUUCCUGAUCUCACCCAAUUACAUCACGAUAGCACUAGUGACAAUACCAUGUCACCUCGUAGUCGCCGACAGUCAAUGCAAUUACACAGGCCACCUUUAAGUUUCGAAGAUGGUCAGGCGAAAGAGAAUUUAUGUAACGAAACAUUUGUUUUGCAUCAGGGCUCUUCGAAUUCACCGCAAUGCCGCGACAUAAAAGAUGAAAAACCUGACGAUGUGAACCCGCUAGGAAACGCUACAUUGGUUUCUGGAUUGGUGCCUAAUUUGAAUCCUACUCUCGGUCCUUUGUAG